AUGGACGUGCCAUACAACGGUCUUAUAGUGGCGAUUGACUAUGGUACAACAUUCACAGGCAUCGCCUUCCAACCCACAGUCUACGACCAAGACGAUGCCGACCUUGCGAAAAGCACAGUUGUGACAAAGUGGUCAGAUAAACUCCACGAGGCAAAGGUUCCCAGUCAGAUUUCUUACUCUGCGAAUGUGGAAGGCAGGCUACAAUGGGGUCGUGAGAUUACGGCGGGCAGUCGACCCAUGAUCUGGACCAAACUUCAGUUGGAUCAGCAGGAUGAUAGACUGGCGGAUCUUAAGGGAAUUUUGGAUUCAUUAGAAGAGACGGAGAAUCUGGACCCAGAGAGAGUAAGGCGGGAGUGGAGAGAUCCAACGCACCUCACCAAGGAGCCGAUCGAUAUUAUUGCCGACUACCUGAGGGAAGUGCGGGUGGCGGCGGUGCGUGAGAUCAAGGCCGCGAUAGGACACACAGUCGUCCCCAGACUUGUCACCGACAUCGUCAUCACAGUCCCAGCGAUCUGGUCCGACACUGCCAAGAAUUUGACAUUCCGGGCAGUCAACAAAGCCGGCUUCACCAAGCGACACUUCCACGGGUUGAGAGAUGUCAUCUUUGUUACCGAGCCGGAGGCAGCUGCCCUCUACUCAAUCAAGUCUAUUAUAGACCGAAGAGCCGACAAUGAAUUUCAGGUCGGUGACUGCUUUGUUCAAGCAGAUCUGGGCGGAGGAACAGUUGACGUUAUAUCCUACCGGGUGGACGCUAUACAACCCGCAUUGCGGUUGAGGCAAGUUGGACUGGCAUCAGGAUAUAAGUGCGGAGCCACCUUUGUUGACAGGGAGUUUCUUGCCUGGCUGGAAAGAAAAUUAGGUGAUGACUAUCAGAGAAUAUUCCCUCCUACUACCACACAUGCAGGAUGUCCCGAGAACUCCAUUCACGAGUUAUUGGAUAUGUUCGAACAAAUGAGGCGGAAUUUGGACGCCACUGGCAAUCUGAGAAUGGAACAUCAGGUGAUUCGAUUGAAAGGCCGCGACUUUGUGGACUUGACCCUUCCAGGAAAAGGAGUUGAGGGUGGCAGGAUUCUUGUCACCAGUGAGGAUAUGAGGAGUUUCUUUCAAUACAGUCUUAGCAAUAUCAACAGCCUCAUUGCAAGUCAGAUGUCGGAAAUCGAUCGUGCUGGCUAUUCGACGCAGUACGUCUUUCUAUCUGGCGGCUUCGCGGAGUCAAAUUAUAUUCACCAGGAAGUGCAAGUCUUCUGCGGACAGAGGGGCGUGCAAGUGUGUCGUCCAGACCGCCCGUUAAUCGCCGUUUGCAAAGGGGCCGUUGCAACAGUGCAAGAGCAGGUGGCCGACUCGCGCAUCCGCAUGCGUGAGAGCACCAGGAGCUUCGGGAUAGUUGUCUCGCAGCCGUUCUCGCCAUACCUGCACGCUAAUCAAACCGGCUACGACGACCCAUUUGAACGGGGCCACAAGGUGCGAGAGCAGAUAACAUGGUUAAUCAAGAAGGGUGAUUUGCUCCUCUCGAACGAGGAAAAGCACGUCCAUAUCGAGUUCUGCAGACGGUUUGGUCCCAAUGACCCAAAGGUCUUCAUCAAUAGGUUUGUCUCGUCAAUCAGCGACAAUCCUCCUUCGUCCCUAGCGGAACUUGAGCCAGGUGAGUAUUCCAUUUCUCUGCUAUAUCCGAAGAAUGGGACUGACUCGCCACCUUUUCUAGAUCAGAGGAACAUCACGUCGGCUCAGUACGAUUUAGAACCUAUUUCAGAUCAGUUGGAAAUGGAUGAUGAAGGAGAGUACCUGACUGCCCGCCUCAGAGCCGGCCUCUCUCUCGGUAAAGAUUCACAAUGGUACAUAUCGUUUAAGGGUACGACGUUAGUGGCGGUGCCUUUGGAUAGCAUAGCGUGA